AAUCUGUGUCAUCACUUUGGCAGAAGCUCAUCCUCUUCUUCAAAAUGGAAAAACUAUUAAAAGUAUUAAUUACCAAAUCAGUGCCAACUGUAGCAGACUCCAGAAUAAGGUCUCUGGGAAGUCAAAAAGGGGAGCUCAGUUUUUAACAGAACUUGCUCCUCUGUGCAGGAUAUCUUCAUCAGAUGGAGAGGAAUACACCAUUUAUAGUUGUAUACGAGGGCGACUGAUAGAAGUGAAUGAAAACAUUCUUAGCAAUCCAGCUAUUCUGCAAGAAAAGCCUUCAACUGAGGGAUACAUUGCAGUUGUUCUACCCAAAUUUGAAGAAAGCAAGAGUAUAACUCAAGGACUUCUGACACAGAAGGAAUAUGAGGAAGUUUUGUUGAAACGUCUUAAUUCUUCUUCAUGA